UUACAGGCCCACAAUUAAUGAAUUCUUCUACAUUCCCCUACAUUUGGUGUCCAAAGCUUGAAACUCGCGAAAGUUAUCUCUAAAUCCGAAUCAUAGCUUGUUAAAAUGAAAAAUCUGGAAAAGUUGAGGCCUUUCCGGAAAAUCUCCUCACAUUGAUUUAAAUACCGGAUGUAUCCGCCUCCAUGGGCAUCAUAGUACUUUCAUUGAUCGAGCAGCAAUCCCAAGCAGCCAAGCACUUUCCACUGCUCUUUCUUCCUUUUGUUAUCCUUUCUCACGUUCGAAGAUUAGAAAAUGGCGUUGAUUCCAAGUUUCUUAGGUCGGCGAGGGAGCAACGUAUUCGAUCCUUUCUCGUUCGACGUAUGGGAUCCCUUUAAGGAUUUCCCUUUCCCCCCUGCUCUUUCCACUUCUUUCCAGGAAAACUCUGCAUUUGUGAGCACUCGAAUUGAUUGGAAAGAGACGCCAGAAGCCCAUGUGUUCAAGGCGGAUCUUCCUGGGUUGAAAAAGGAGGAGGUGAAGGUCGAGGUUGAAGAUGAAAGGGUGCUUCAGAUAAGCGGAGAGAGGAACGUCGAGAAGGAAGACAAGAACGAUAAGUGGCAUCGCGUUGAGCGAAGCAGCGGAAAAUUCAUGAGGAGGUUCAGACUGCCGGAGAAUGCUAAAAUGGAUCAGGUUAAGGCUUCCAUGGAGAAUGGAGUUCUCACUGUCACUGUUCCUAAGACAGAGGUUAAGAAGCCUGAUGUCAAAGCCAUAGACAUUUCUGGUUAAGAAUGACAUUCUGGGUUUCCUGGCUUUGUAUUGAAGAAUAUCUAUGUCGUCGUGAGGGAGUCUUGAAUUUUAUAUGUUUGUACAAUCGUGUGUUCUGCUUUCUGGUGUGAAUGUGGAGGAGAGCGUUGUGUCGUGUAAGUUUUAACACGUGUGUUUUUCUAUAAAUUUACAUGGUCUGCCUUGUUUGUUUUUGGACCAACAUGGUCUGUCUUGUUUGAAAUAAGCUGAGUUGGUUUUUCGUUGUUUAA